AUGGAUAACAUGAUCGUCGACGAGCCUACGCGCAGCGAGCACGAUACCGUCCAAGAGCUACCAAUCAGAACGCGCCCUUCGGAUCUCGAUGGCGAGGAUUCUGAGAUGCUUGACGCUGGCCUUUCGGACACGGAGUCUGUCGAUAUCAUUGUUGACCCGGAAUUCGCAACAGAGAUACCGGAGCCGAACACUGAACUGUACGAAGACUCUGGAGACGACGCUCAGAACGUUGGUCGCGACCGCAUAAUUCUAGUCCGCGUCAUCUUCUACAACCACUUUGCUACCCAACCGUUUCAUGUCCCUGCGCGGAAAGGCCAUACCAUGGGCUCCAUGCUCAGAGCGAUUCACAAAAAACUCCCUGCAACCACCAUUGAGAAUCGAUUUGAUGAGAAGCUGGAAUACGUCCCUGCACAGGACUCACAAUACGAGCCAUUGUUCAUCCUCCAAGAGGCAUCUUUCAGAACUCCAGCAAUGCGGCGAACGAAAUGGGUGGUUGUAAAGCCAAACACCAACAACAAAGCAUACUAUCGUUGGUUCGACCGCAACGUGAUUCGGGGAAGUGAAAUGGAACUGAAAAUGGAAGUUCGUAUUCGGGAUAUUGAAGCCAUUGAGCAAAUGGAGGACCUGGCGGCUGCUGGUCGAGACGAGGCUGUCAUCGAGGGUCGCCGAUAUGUCAAGAUCGACAUUGACAAGCUUUGGGAUCCAGAUGUGUUCUGGAGAUAUGUCGAACACAGCAAGACUGUCGCUGUGCAGUCCAUCGAUCUCACCAAGCCUAGCACUGCCGAAUGGUUUCCGGAGCGCGACGGCCCAAUCGACCAAAUGCCACAGGCUUGGAAACAAUGGGCGCCAGCGAGUCAAGCAAGCUAG